AUGACGCCCCCUCCAACUACGCCGAAGGAAAACGUUCAAGUCACUGACGGCCAAGGAAGACAAUUAGUGGUCCCAACAUCCGACAGCAAACUAUACUGCCCGGAAGCAGUCGUCGACAUGCUGUCGUGCAUGACUAUUAUGGAGGAACUCGGACAACAGCAGGAAGAAGAAAAAGGGUGGACAAUGCUCAGCCAAGCGGAAGAAGCACUGCAAGCGGCAAGCGGCAAGCCAUACCCAAUCCACUGUUGGGGAUGCAACAAGGAAGGCCACAACUUCCGAGACUGCCCACACAAAGAGGACCCCCAAGUCCUAAAACGUUUCUAUGAAAAACUGGACCAGUGGAAGCAAUGA